GUCAAAAGUACAAUAAAAUAAAUAUUACAGCGAUAAGAAAACUUGUAUAUUUUUGCUAAGUGAUUGUGUUCAAACUAGUGUAAAGCCGUGGUAUUAUCCUUAUUAAACGAAGAUGUGGACUUCCUGAAACAGCCUGAUUCUUUAUUCGGUUUGGGGGAAUUUGAGCAAUUACAUAUCGCUUAAAUAAAAUAUGACAUAGGAAUUUCACAUUCUCUAUUAUCUUUGAAUCUCACAACUUAAAUGUAUUUCUGAAAUAAAAAAAAUGAAACAAAUUAUAGCCAAACCCAGAUUGAAAUGGAUACUCCUCUUCCUGCUAUCGCUAUUUGUAAUAAGCUGGUGUCUACUUUAUGGUUCAGACAUAAAUCAAACAGACAUACGCUACUGUUUCAUGAAUAGCUUCAGUGCAUCUCCAACAGUUUCAUAUGCACAACAAAAAUAUGCACAAAAUAAGUUUGAUGCUGGUCCGCAUCUCCUGGACGAUAUAAUGCUUACGGAACCGAAACCAAAUGCGAGCGGGCGUAGCAUUAUCUUUCACGAAACCAGUUGUCCAAAUGAAAAACUACGUAGUAGGAUGCAAUACUUGGGCAGCGCACCAAUUAAUAUGAUGGAUCUUACCGCACGGGAAGCAUGUGCCAUUGAAUCGGCUGCAUUACACAAUCCUGGUUUUAGUGUUUUUGUACUUUUUGCCAGUCCCGCUUACCGUGAUUACAAUAAUACUCCCCCAGUGAUAGAAGCGAUACUCAGCUACCCAAAUGUACAUUUACGGAACCUAAAUAUAUGGACUUAUGCAGCUGGAACACCUAUGUACCAGUGGUUAAAAGAUGGGAAACUUUUUCGAUCCAGUUAUGUGCUAUCACACCUUUCCGACUUUUUACGCUAUUUAACACUAUGGCGUUGGGGUGGCACUUAUCUCGAUAUGGAUGUCGUAGUGUUGCGUAGUUUAGAAAAAUUGCCACCAAAUUAUACAGGAGCGGAAUCAACAACAUACCUCGCAGCAGGGGUAAUGAACUUCGCUCCCGAUGGAUUUGGUCAUGAAAUUGCUGAAAAAUGCUUACGAGAUUUCCUAUUAAAUUUCGACGGCAGUGAUUGGGGUAACAACGGGCCAGGUGUCAUAACGCGUGUCAUGAAUGAUGUCUGCAAGACAGCCAACAUUGAGUUAAUGAUGAAUGCUAAACGGUGUAUGGGAUUUCACAUAAUGCCAAGAGAAGCAUUUUAUGCGGUACCCUGGAAAAAGUGGGAAUAUUUCUUUGAAGCACAGUACCUGACUGAAACCCUGAAUUUGUUGCGUGAUUCGUACAUAGCGCAUGUAUGGAACAAACACUCCAAGCAAAGGCAUGUGAAAGUGGGUGCAAACGUAGCUUAUGGUAUUCUCGCCGAAAAACAUUGCCCGAAAGUGUAUGCAGCAGCAGGCGAGUAUUUUUAAAACACAAACAACAAACAAGAACAUUUAAUGUUAAAAAAGGUUAAGGUAAAAAGAAAAAGUAUUUUUAGCAUUUCGUUUAAACGAAAGUAAGUAAUAGUUUUUAGUUUCUGUGUAUGUAUGCAUCUGUGAAAGUUUAAUUCGGAGGCAGACCUUAAACUUUAGUUGGAUACCAAUGGCAUAUCGUAUUUACUUUAUUCGAACCGAAAUUUAUAAUUGUGCCCGAAAAUUGUUUUGUUAAUUAUUUUAUAUUGUUUUAUGUUAUAUUGUAUGCAUAUGUAUGUCCGACUAAGGCAAAGCAUUUGUAGAAUCUCUUGUAUAUGUUUUUUAUUAGAUUUCUAGCACUAACGAUUAAUAUUUUUUUUAUAAAUCUUACUCAAAUAACACACUUUUUCUCCUUAAAUAAACGUGGGAGUCAUCCCUACUAAUUGCAUGCAUGCAAUUUAGUUGAAUAAUAACCCUUUUCUGUAUGUAUGUAUAUUCUCAUUAGCUUAAAUAUAUUCCACACACCAAGCACAUUCACAUUUUGUAAAUAGAUAUACAUGAUAUGUAUUACUUAACGAAUCUCAACAAAAAAAAGAAUACUGUCCCUAAAUAGCAAGUAGUAGAAACCAAAGUUUGUACAUAAAUAUUAUAGUUCAAAUAUGGAUCAAUUUGUAGUAGAAAUCUUGUAUGUAUGUAUUUUAGAGCAUUGUAGAUGAUAUUAUUGAAUUCGAAAUGAUCAUUGAAUUCUUAUACGCACAAUUAGUUUUUUUCUUAACAAUAUUACACGUUUUUUUAUAUUUUUUUAGCAAAAAGCUUAAUAUAAGCUAACCUCGAACACAGUAAAGUAAUGCUCAUACUUGUAUGGUGAAUAUAGAUAAAUAAUAUCCUACCUAUUCCUGCCACGAGAAAAAAUUCUACAUUAUUUUUAUACAUACGUUGUUUUCAAAAGCGAUUGAAACAUCGCAGCAGAAAUCCGAUUUGCAAUAGUUGAUAAUAAGACAAAUAUAAUAUUGGCAUACACGUUGAAAUAGCUUAUGUAUACAUCUAUUUAGCGUGCACUACAUUGUGCACUUACGACAUCACAUCGAUUACACACAUAUGUGUGUCAAUUGGCGUGGAGACUCCUAAUCAAAGUUAUACAAUGAAAUCAAAUGUGUAUUAUAUAGAAUUGUUAUGUAUAAGAUAUUAAGUGUUAUAUGAGAAAUACAUGCACCCGUACACAAAUGAA